AAUCAGAAUGCAAAUCUGUUUAGCGCAUGCGUGGCCCGUCGAAGGUGACAUAUGUGAAGUAGAGAGGAUGAGAAUACGCUGACAUAGUAAGGAGACGUCUGGGCCUCACAUUCUACAGACAGAAGUUUUAGCUGGACCAGGCGGGAUUAACGUGACACAUGAUGCUAUGGCGUGGCUUGUGUAAAGAGGCAAUCCAACUAUGUAUGCUACAGGCUCAUCGCUGUGCUGGAACUUAUACCUGGUCAAGCUUAAAGGAUCAUUACCAAGUCCUAGGAGUUGGGAGAAAGGCCACAAGUGAAGAAAUUAAGAAUGCAUUUUUUACCUUGUCAAAGAAGUGCCAUCCCGACAGUGACCCUACAAACCCUCUUCUGCACUCCCAGUUUGUGCGUCUAAAUGAGGCCUAUAAAGUGUUAAGUAAACACUCCUCCCGCAUGGAAUAUGACCAGGUUUUGGAAGCAAUGCAGAGAGAAAAUUGGGGUUCAGGCCGCAGCCCAUAUAAAUCUUCUAGCACAUCAUACAGCUGGAGACAAUCUUAUCAGACAGAGCAAGGACCAUUUACCAGGUCUUCAUAUGAAGAUAAAGCACGAUACUGGUCAGAUUUUCCUCCAACAGGAGAAUGGAAAGAAGAUCGAAGGCAGAGAAACGUUACACUGGUUUUAUAUUGCUUCUUAGUUGCAGGCCUAAGUAUCUUUAUACACUUUGAGAUUUAUAGCACAUUUAGAGACAUUCGCCGUAAGGAAUCCGAUGAACAACAGAUGAGGAUUUUAAAAUUUUACAAUGAGAGGAAAGAAAUUGCUAAAGCUCUCCGGUAUGGAUUGCGAUGGCUUACUUCCACAGAAUACAACGUCUCUUCAGACGGCUUGUCUGGGGGGGAAGCCUGCUAGGAUACGGUUGGAGACACUACAGAAGGAGCAAAUGGUUCGAGCAUGCAGCAGAAAAUUCUGCUUCAAAAGCAUGAAGAAAAGCUGAGGCAAUUAUAUGGACGAAACCUUGAAGAUGAAUUUAGAAAAUAAGAGAAAUAUGGUGUUGAGAGUUGAUGAAAAAAAGUCAUCUUUUCCUUAUAAUGUGUCUGAUAAUUUGUAUGACAAGUAAACUGUAUUAUUCUGUGAAUAAAACUGUAUAAAUAUUAAAAA